AUAAACACGCAACGACCUCUUCUCAUUUGUCCAACAAACAAAGAUCAACUCAUCUACUCCAACAACAAUCAUCAGAACUCACCAAACGAAAACAAGACAAAAACAAAGAAAAUAGAUGACAAAAGUUCACCCAAAGUUCCCAAACACUUGCGAGGAGAGCUUGUGCGAUAGUAAAGCAGCAGCCGUUUUAACGGUGUGGAAGAAGUCCCUUCUCUUCAACUGUGAUGGAUUCACAGUUUACAACUCUAGUGGAGAUCUUGUCUUUAGGGUUGACAAUUACAUGAACUCUACUAAAGACAAGAUCGUCCUUAUGGACGCUUCCGGCUUACCUCUCCUCUCCAUCCGCCGCAAGAAACUGAGCCUGGGAGAUUGCUGGAUGGUGUACGAUGGAGAAACACAAAGAGACCCAAUAUUCACAGCGAGAAAAAACGUUAGUAUAAUGACAAACCGGAGGAGCUUGGCGUGGGUUAGCACCAAGAAGACAUUACUAUACGAGAUAGAAGGAUCAUUCGGCCAAAGAAGCUGCAAAAUAUUGGACGAGAGGAUGAACAAGAAGAAAGCAGCUGAGAUCAAGAGGAAAGAGGCAAUGGUCGGAGGAGUUGCAUUUGGAAAAGAUGUUUUUAAACUUAUAGUUGAAUCGGAGAUGGAGCCUCGUGUGGCCAUGGCAUUUACCAUCAUUCUCGACCAAAUGUUUAGAUAUUGAAUUUUCUUUUUUAAGCUUUGUAAGUAAUAUUAGUUCUUUGUUAUUGUGUAAUUUAUGCAUGUGUUUUUCUUAUAUGUUACACAAGAACGAGCCAAG